AUGCCAUCGCCUUUAUGUGGUGCUCGCAGGCCGGUCGCUGACUCGCUGUGCAUCAACCAAUCACCGGCCCCCGCCCUCGCCACCCGGGGCAAAGAUAUAGUCAAGGCCCCCGGGGGCUCAUCCGCAAGCCUGUGGACGCCAGGGAGUGAACACCAGCCGUCUUGCCCCGACCCCGACCGAUCCUCACCUGCUGCAGCCAUGGCGACCUCCGCGGCGCUCUCCACCACCGCCAACCCCACCCAGCUCUGCCGGUCCCGCGCUACGCUGGGCAAGCCAGUGAAGGGGCUUGGCCUGGGGAUGGGCCGGGAGCGCGCCCAGAGCAUCACGUGCCAGGCGGCGAGCAGCAUCCCCGCCGACCGCGUCCCCGACAUGGAGAAGCGGAAGCUGAUGAACCUCCUCCUCCUGGGCGCCAUCUCGCUGCCCACCGUCGGCAUGGUCGUCCCCUACGGCGCCUUCUUCGUCCCCGCCGGCUCCGGCGGCGCCGGCAGCGGGACCUACGCCAAGGACAAGCUGGGCAACGACAUCACGGUGAAUGAGUGGCUCAAGACGCACGGUCCCAACGACCGCACGCUCGCGCAGGGGCUCAAGGGUGACCCCACGUACCUGGUGGUGGAGCAGGACAAGACGCUGGCCACCUACGGGAUCAACGCCGUGUGCACUCACCUCGGCUGCGUCGUGCCGUGGAAUGGGGCCGAGAACAAGUUCAUCUGCCCCUGCCACGGAUCCCAGUACAACAACCAGGGCAAGGUGGUCCGUGGACCGGCGCCUCUGUCGCUGGCCCUGGUUCACGUCGACGUCGACGACGACAAGGUCCUCUUCGUCCCCUGGGUGGAGACCGACUUCAGGACCGGCGAGGACCCGUGGUGGAAGGCAUGA